AUGGAUGCUGUUGGUAUAGAUAUUGGAACAGGAUCGAUACGAAUGUAUCAUGAUAACAACGUAUUAUAUAUUCCUAUAACUACUAUUUAUGGUAAGAAAUUUAUUACUCAAUCAUCAUUUGAAAUUUAUAAUAAUUUAUUAGAAUUAUUAGAUAUUUAUGAUUUUAAUUUUGAAAGUAUUGCUAUAUGUGCAACAUGUUCCCAAGUUGUAUUAGAAAAGAUAGAUAUAGAUGGGGUUAUUUAUUUAACACCUUAUAAUUUAAAUAAAGAUAUUGAAAGUGAUGUUUUAUUAUGGAUGGAUAAUUCACCAAUUGAACAAUGUAAAGAAUUGAAUAAUAUUGUCAAUGAUGAAAUUUUAAAACAAAUCGGUGGGAAAUUUGUACCUGAAUUAGGAUUACCAAAAUUGAAAUUAUUAAAUGAUUGUAUUUCUUCUAAUUUGGUAGUAUUUGAAUUGUAUGAUUUUAUGAGUUAUUUAUUAAAAUAUUCAUAUCAAGAAAUUAAUGGUAAGAAAAUUAUACCUUAUAUAAAACCAGAUAAUUUUAAAAUUGGAUAUGCUUUAGAUGGAUCAGUUAAAGGAUGGAGUGAUGAAUUUUUAAAGAAACUUGAUAUUGACAUUGAGAUUGGAAGAAGUGAAAUCAAAGGUGAUAAAUUAUUACCUAUUGGUUAUCCAGUUGGUAAAAUGCAUAAUAGAAAUAUUGUAAUUGCUCAUGGAUGUAUUGAUUGCUAUGGAGGAUGGUUUAAUAAUGUACAAGUAUCAUCAUCAUCAUCAUCAUCAUCAUCAUCAUCAUCAUCAUCAUCAUCAUCAUCAUCAUCAUCAUCAUCAUCAUCAUCAUCAUCAUCAUCAUCAUCAUCAUCAUCAUCAUCAUCAUCAUCAUCAUCAUCAUCAUCAUCAUCAUCAUCAUCAUCAUCAUUAAACUCAGUGACCAUGGUUGCUGGAACAUCUACUUGUUUUAUUUAUAAUUCAUCAAUCAAAAACUAUAUACAAAAUACUUGGGGUCCUUAUGAACUUGGGAAACAAGGUGAAUUUGUUUAUGAAUUUGGUCAACCAGCAACAGGAAAACUAUAUGAAGUUAUUCUUGGGAAAGAUUUUAAUUUUGAUCAAGCUGAAGUACAAGUUGAAAAGUUGGAAAAAGAACAUAAUAAAUCAAUACAUGAAUUGAUCAAAGGGUAUUUUUAUUAUGGUGAUAUUUUUGGGAAUAGAUCACCUUUACAAGAUCCUGAAAUGUCAGAAAUGAUCAUCGACAAUAAUAAUCUGAUAUUACCCAGGAUACUUCAUAAUGAUGACGAUGAAGAUACAUCCAAAUUAAUUAAAUAUAUUCUUAUUAUGGAAUUUCUAGUUUUCCAAACGAAAUCCCUUUUGGAACCGUUGAUUGUUGAUAAAUUGGUUAUUGUUGGAUCACAAGCUAAGAAUAAGAGAUUUUUACGAUUAUUAAACUUGAUCACGGGAAUUGAUGUGGAAAUUGGAGAUAAUGACGAUUAUGAAGUCGGAAGUGAAGAAGUUGCGAGAGGAGCGUUUUUACUUGCCAGAUUGGGUAAAUUAAUAUCAACAAAUCAUGACUAUACAACUGCAUACAAUGAAGUGAUUAAAGAUAACAAAUCAAAGAAGAUGGAGCUUAAUACCCAACAUAAACAAGUAACAAAAGAGAUAUUAACAAAGAAAUAUGAGAUAUUUAAAGAUAUGAUUAAUGUUCAACGUAAAUAUAGAAACCUAAUGAAUAAUGUGGGGGGGGGGGUGUAA